AUCACAUUCACAAUAAACUAAUCAAACCGUAACCGUUGAAUUUCGUUCCUUCCCUCGUGACACUUUCAAACCCAAAAAAAAAAAAAAAACUCCAUGGCGAGUAACACCUCACCACGAAUCACUUCAUCCAAUUCCAACUAACCCUGCUUCCCGAUUUUCAAAACUCCUCAAACAUGUUCAUUGAAGCAACAAGGAGGUUUACCGUUUUGUCCUCGCAUCUCAACCCGACCCGUUUGACUUCGGAUCAACGCCCUUUAUCCGGUUCGGUUUGUUCAUCCGGUUCCGAUUCCGAAACUCGAUUGGGUGAUAUCAAGAAUCGGAAUUCCUUACAUGAUGAUUGUGUCUUCUGUAGUAUUAUUCGUGGUCAAUCUCAUGCUGUUAAGCUUUAUGAAGAUGACAUGUGCCUAUGCAUAUUGGAUACAAAUCCGUUGAGUCAUGGGCACUCGCUCAUUAUCCCAAAAUCUCAUUAUCCUUCAAUAGAUACUACUCCUCAAUCAGUGGUAGCUGCAAUGUGUUCCAAAGUUCCCUUCAUUAGUAAUGCAAUCAUGAAGGCUACUGGCUGCAAUGCAUUCAACCUGUUGGUUAAUAAUGGAGCAGAUGCUGGUCAAGUAAUAUUUCAUACUCAUAUUCACAUAAUUCCCCGUAAAGCAUACGAUUGUUUGUGGGAUUCUGAGAGUUUGCUAAGGCGUCCCCUUAAGUUAGAUGAUGAGAAAGUUUCUCAGCUUGCAGCUUGUAUUCAAGAACAGUUGUUGGCAUCAGACAUUAGCCAAGAUAGUAAGAAUGAAGAUUUUUGUUCAAGCAAAAGUUAGUGGAUCAUUCAUCUGUUGUAACAUAAUAUUUUCAUUUAGAGGAACGUUACAUGCUCAUUACUAUAGUUUAACAUUACCCUCAAACUCAAUGAAUGAUUGGUUGGAUAUUUCUUAACCAUUGCUUUUACUUGGAUAAGAAAAAUCUCAUCAACUCAUUUGUUGAAUGCGUGUUAUUGUUGCCAAUAUUUUGUGCAUACAUCAAUUCUUGUGUAUGUGUGCGUGCAUGCAUAGUAAAUUUUUUAUGUGUGAAGCUUUUCUAGAGAGGUAAGACUUUUGUAAUUAUUUGUUGAUAUUUCUAUGCUCAAAAUUGUGAUAUCAGAAAAUUCAAAUUUGUGCUUUUC